UCUUUUUGGUUGUGCCAAAUAGGUAAACAGGCAUAAAUCUCAAUGGGAGAGAGAAAUGAAACCUUUGUGACCGAGUUUAUCUUCUUGGGUCUUUCACAGAACUUGCAAACCCAAAUUCUGCUAUUUAUUCUUUUCCUCAUCAUUUAUCUGCUGACUGUGCUUGGAAACCUGCUCAUCAUCAUUCUCAUCUUCAUGGAUUCUCGACUUCACACUCCCAUGUAUUUUCUUCUUAGAAAUCUCUCUUUUGCAGAUCUCUGUUUCUCUACUAGCAUUGUCCCUCAAGUGUUGGUCCACUUCCUGGUAAAAAGGAAAACCAUUUCUCUUUUGGGGUGUAUGACACAGAUAAUUGUCUUCCUUCUGGUUGGGUGUACAGAGUGUGCACUUCUGGCAGUGAUGUCCUAUGACCGGUAUGUGGCUGUCUGUAAGCCCCUGCACUAUUCCACCAUCAUGACCCAGCGGGUAUGCUUCCAGUUGGCCAUAGGGUCCUGGGCCUGUGGAGCACUAGUGUCUUUGGUAGAUACUAACUUUACUUUCCAUCUUCCCUAUCGGGACCAGAAUAUAAUCAAUCACUACUUUUGUGAACCUCCUGCCCUUUUGAAACUGGCUUCAGCAGACACUUACAGCACAGAAAUGGCCAUCUUUGCAAUGGGUGUGGUAAUCCUCCUGGCUCCUGUCUCACUCAUCCUUGUUUCUUACUGGAAUAUUAUCUCCACUGUCAUUCAGAUGCAGUCUGGAGAAGGGAGGCUCAAGGCUUUUUCUACUUGUGGAUCCCAUCUUAUUGUUGUUGUCCUCUUCUAUGGAUCAGGAAUAUUCACCUAUAUGCGGCCAAACUCGAAGACCACAAAAGAACAGGAUAAGAUGAUAUCUGUGUUCUAUACAGUGGUGACUCCAAUGCUGAACCCCAUCAUUUAUAGCCUGAGGAACAAGGAUGUCAAAGGUGCUCUCAGGAAACUAGUUGGAAGAAAGCCCUUCUCUCAGAGACAGUGA